GUCUCUUCCCCCUCGGGCCGCCAGCCCCGCCUCCCCUCACCCCUCGGGCCGGUACCUGGCGCUCCCAGCCGGCGGCCCAGCAGCGCCGCGCAGAGCGGGGUCUGGCCGCGCGAGGCGCCCUGCAGCCCGCCGGGCGCAGAGACUCCCGAGUCCCGGCCCCCACCCUGCCCUGUCUGGGGAGGGCUGGAGGCGGCCCACGUGGCUCCCUCCUUCCUUCCUCCUCUGAGCCCUGUCCCGCCCCUUGCAGCGCAGCGGGCUGCGGCUGCCCGAGACCCCUGGCUUGGGGGGCACAGAGUCCCCGAGGCGAUGGCUGGCUCCCCCCUGCCGAGGGGUGUUAUUCAUGCCACCCUGGGGAGCUGCUGCUGUCCCGUGGGCCCGCCCUAGACAGCGGGGCAGCCCGUCAUUGCUCCCCUGGGUGGAAGUGGGGCUUGAAGCCAGUCUAGUUAGUAGGGACUGGUGGGGAGAGCCUGGGCAAGCCCCUGACCUGUCUGGGGAGCCCCACUGCCAGCCACUCCAUCGGUGCACAGACACCACAGGCAUGACCCUGGUAUAAACUGCUAGAGGGACAGAACCAGUGACACGUGCCUGGCACCCAUGCCCGGCUACUGGGUGACUCCAGCUGCCAAACCCAUGGAGAAAGGGGAGCAGCAGUGAGGGCAGCAUCCCAACCUGGCCCCCAACGAUGGGGACAGCUUCCUCCCUGGUGAGCCCAGCGGGCACCGGCGGGGAGGUGAUUGAGGACACUUAUGGGGGAGGUGGUGGCGAAGCCUGUGAGAUCCCAGUAGAGGUGAAGCCCAAAGCUCGCCUGCUGCGCAGUUCUUUCCGCCGGGUGGGUGCUUCGCGGCCUGGAGGCCUCAUUGGGGCCAGCUUCAAAUCCACUGCCUCAGUACAGGAGUUGGAGUGCAUGGCUGAGUAUGAGCGCCUGAAAAAAGAAUAUGAGAUCUUCCGUGUCAGCAAGAACAACGAGGUGGCCUCUAUGGUCAAGAAAGAAGCCAAGCUGGACCUGGAGAACAAGAGACUCCGGGCAGAGCUCCAGGCUCUUCAGAAAACUUACCAGAAAAUACUUAGAGAGAAAGAAAGUGCUUUAGAAGCCAAAUAUCAAGCCAUGGAGAGAGCUGCUACAUUUGAACAUGACCGAGACAAAGUCAAGAGACAAUUCAAGAUUUUCAGGGAAACUAAGGAAAACGAGAUUCAGGAUUUACUGAGGGCCAAACGAGAGCUGGAAACAAAACUUCAGAGACUGCAAGCCCAAGGGAUCCAAGUCUUCGAUCCCGAAGAGUCUGAUUCAGAUGACAAUUGCACAGAAGUUACUGCUACUGGAGCCCAAUCUGAAUAUUGGACUGGUGGAGUGUUGGGAAGUGAGCCAUCUAUGGGUAGUAUGAUGCAACUUCAGCAGUCUUUCAGAGGGCCGGAGUUUGCUCAUAGUUCCAUAGAUGUGGAAGGACCAUUUGCGAACAUAAACAGAGAUGACUGGGAUGCUGCUAUUGCCAGUUUAUUGCAGGUUACUCCACUGUUUUCCCACUCUCUGUGGAGUAACACAGUAAGGUGCUAUCUCAUUAAUACAGAUGAGACUCAACCUGAAGUGGACAUCUUUAUUCGGAACUACUCACCAAAACUUCAAAGAAUAUGUGAAACGUUGGGGUACUUCUUUCAAGUUGUUCAUUUUCCAGUAGAAAAUGGAAAUCAUUUCCAGGCUGUGAGAAAAUGGGAAAUUGAGAAAAGUUCCUUAGUCAUUUUGUUCAUACAUUUAACUUUGCCAAGCUGUUUGCUGGAGGACUGUGAAGAAGCCUUAUUGAAAAAUCCUGAAGGAAAGCCCCGGCUGAUUUACCGCAGAAUAGAAGAUGGCAAAGUCAGCUCAGACCCUGUGCAGCAGUUAACUGAGCAAGUUUGUUAUGUGAACAAAGCAAAGCUCAUUGAUCACAUGGGAGGAGUGGAAGAAGGAGCAUAUGAAACUUAUAAUUGUGUGGAAAAGAUAAUUAAACAGGAUAUAUUGGGCUGUGAAAGCACAGAAGUAGAAGGCAAGGAUUUGGGUAAUAAAGAGGAGUCCACUGCGCCUGAAGAGGAAGUUUUUGGAGAUGUGCUGUGGGAUGCCCAUGAUGAACAAGAACAGAUGGAAGCUUUCCAGCAGGCUUCUAACUCAACAUGUGAACUAGGAUUUGAGAAAUAUUAUGAACGUCUAAAUGAUCUAGUGGCAGCACCGGCACCCAUCCCACCUCUUCUUGUGUCUGGAGGACCAGGCUCUGGCAAAUCUCUUCUCCUGUCAAAAUGGAUUCAACUGCAACAGAAGCAUUCACCAAACACACUCAUUCUCUAUCACUUUGUUGGGAGGCCAUUGUCUGCCAGUUCAGAAUCUGCACUAAUAAUUAAACGGCUUACUUUAAAGCUCAUGCAGCAUUCUUGGUUAGUGUCACCUUUAACAUUGGAUCCAGCUAAGCUCUUGGAAGAGUUUCCUCGUUGGCUGGAAAAACUUACUGCUCGUCACCAAGGCAGCAUUAUCAUAAUUAUUGACUCUAUAGACCAAAUACAGCAAGCUGAAAAACAUAUGAAAUGGCUGAUAGAUCCACUGCCAGUGAAUGUAAGGGUGAUUGUAUCUGUGAACGUGGAAACAUGUCCGCAGGCUUGGAGGUUGUGGCCAACUCUUCAUCUUGAGCCAUUGAAUUCUAAAGAUGUGAAAUGUCUCAUUAGUGCAGAAUGUAGCUGUGCAGAUGUUAAAUUGACCAACGAACAGGAGAAGAAACUUGAGAAACAUUGUCGUUCUGCCACAACUUGCAAUGCUUUGUAUGUCACUCUUUUGGGCAAAAUGAUUGCUUGUGCUCGAAGUGCAGGAAAUAUUGAUGAAAUCCUUCAACAGUGUUUCCAAUGUCAAGAUACAGUAUCACUAUACAGACUUGUUCUGCGAUCAGUUCAGGAGUCCAUGCUGAACGAUAAAGACAAACACCUUAUGAGAGAGGUUCUCUGUCUCAUCAGUGUUAGCCACAAUGGAGUGAGUGAAUCAGAACUGAUGGAACUUUAUCCCGAACUAUCCUGUGCCAUGUUAGCCUCUCUAGUUCACAGUCUGCACAAGAUGUGUAUGCUGACAUAUGGCUGUGGUUUGCUAAAGUUUCAGCACCUCCAGGCUUGGGAAACGGUGCAACUAGAAUACAUGGAAGAAGGUCAAAAGAUUAUUUCUACUUACAGAGAAAAACUAAUAGACUACUUCACCGUGCAGCUAAGUCAAGGCAGAGUGACUUGGAGAAGUGCAGAUGAACUUCCUUGGCUUUUCCAACAACAAGGCAACAAGCAGAAGCUACACAAGUGUCUCCUGAACCUCUUUGUAUCUCAGAAUCUUUACAAAAGGGGGCAUUUUGCAGAAUUACUGAGUUAUUGGCAGCUUGUCGGAAAAGAUAAGAGUUCAAUGGCAGCAGAGUAUUUUGACUCUCUAAAGCAAUAUGAGAAAAGCUGUGAGGGAGAGGAAAAUAUGAUCUGUCUGGCUGAUCUUUAUGAAACUCUGGGACGUUUCUUAAAAGAUCUAGGUCUUCUCAGCCAGGCAGUUGCUCCUCUGCAGCGUUCUCUGGAAAUUCGGGAGACUGCACUGGAUCCAGAUCACCCAAGGGUAGCACAGUCCCUCCAUCAGUUAGCAGGAGUUUAUGUGCAGUGGAAGAAGUUUGGAAAUGCUGAGCAGUUAUAUAAGCAGGCUCUGGAAAUCUCUGAAAAUGCUUAUGGGGCUGAACAUCCCAGGGUUGCUCGUGAACUGGAUGCACUUGCAACAUUAUACCAGAAACAGAACAAAUAUGAACAAGCUGAACAGCUGAGGAAAAAAUCCUUUAAAAUGCGACAAAAAGCAGCAAGGCGGAAAGGCAAUUUGUUUGGAUUUGCUCUUCUACGUCAACGAGCCUUGCAGCUGGAAGAGCUCACGUUAGGCAAAGACACACCAGAUAAUGCUCGAACCCUCAACGAGCUUGGAGUUCUCUAUUAUCUGCAGAAUAAUCUUGAGACAGCUGAACUUUUUCUGAAGCGCUCCCUAGAAAUGAGGGAGAGGGUCCUGGGACCAGACCACUCAGACUGUGCACAGUCUUUGAACAACCUUGCAGCUCUGUACAAUGAAAAGAAACACUAUGAUAAGGCUGAGGAACUGUAUGAAAGAGCUUUAGAAAUUAGGAGGAGAGCAUUAGCCCCUGAUCAUCCCUCACUGGCUUACACUGUGAAACACCUUGCAGUACUCUACAAAAAGGUGGGAAAGCUUGACAAGGCAGUGCCUCUGUACGAGUUGGCUGUUGAAAUUCGACAAAAAUCAUUUGGUCCAAAGCACCCUAGUGUAGCUACUGCCUUGGUAAACCUGGCUGUUCUUUAUUGUCAGAUGAAAAAGCACAUUGAAGCCUUACCUCUUUAUGAAUGUGCAUUAAAGAUUUAUGAAGACAGCUUUGGUCAUAUGCAUCCUCGUGUGGGAGAAACACUAAAAAACUUAGCUGUGUUGAGCUAUGAAGGAGGAGAUUUCGAGAAGGCUGCUGAGCUGUACAAGAGAGCCAUGGAAAUCAAAGAAGCAGAGACUUCGUUGGUAGGAGGAAAAGCAGCUUCCCGACCCUCAUCGAGUGGAGACACUUUCAGUUUAAGAAGUACAUUAUCUCCAAAUGUUUUUCUAGACCAUGGACAAAGGUGAUGCAAACUGGCACAAAAACAAAUACUAGUAAAGAAUGCUUGAUGGUUAAAGUAUUAAAAAAUAUAUCUGAGCAUGCUUCAGAGAUUAAAAAAAUGAUUUUAGGAGAUAAAAUGUUUGUGAUGAAUGAAAAUCUGAACAAAAAAUUUACAUUUUAAUUUAAAAUAUUUCUGUUCAUGUUAACUUUUUUGUGGACCAUGUGGUACAGAGUUACCUCUGUGUUACACAAAGGCAUUUAGUGAAAGACUGCUGAGUGUGUUCUAUUAGUUAUCGUUCAGUCUGAAGCUGUAAUGCCAGAAAACAUCAGUUUUGUUUUUUCUCUAUACCUCUUUUUAGUAGAGGACCUGUGAGCUGCAGGGUAUAAUCAGCAAAAUAGUUACUAGUUUUUAUUCCACGUCAGUUCCUUCAAUGUCCACACUGUUAUGGUGUUUGUGGAAUUUUGUUACUAUACCUUUCCGUCUUUCAGGAGCACUUUGUUAUUCAGGGACACAGUAAUUUUGAGAACCAUGUAUUGUGUUUCCACCAAAAGAAGGAAAAUACCCCCAAACUCCACCUGCCCAUGUUUUGGCUGUAAGGAAACUUAUGCAAAGGAAACUGGGUUCUUAGUAAGACAUGCUUUUGAGUUUUUAGAUCAAGGUUGUUGACAGAGGGCUUGUCCAUGUGGUCAGUUUGUGCAUGGCAAGCCUGGGUGUAAAUCUGCAGCCCACCAGCCUUCACACUAACUGGCCACUGGGACCCUGAUACCACACACACAAAUUUCUGUGGUGUGUUUUGAUUUAAACUCUGUUUUGAAACAGAUUGAAGUGCACUACAGAACUUUUAGUGCAUGGUAGCAAGAUCCACAUGGCCUCAGUGUGCUGCAUGCUAAUGCACUGUAGAUUUACACCUCCACUUGUCAUGUAUGAACUGAAGAUGUAGACAAGCUCUGACUGAUAUUUUUGUCCUCUCUAGCUAAAGCUUUUUAAUUGGUGUCAGUUAUAGCCACUUAUUUUUACUAGGAAUAUGCUUUUUCAGUGAGUAACCCGAGAGAAACAUAUGAAUUAAUUGGGGACUGGUGCACACCUCUCAGUUCUAGUAGAGAAAAACUGCUCAUUAAACUCCAGUAUACAAGCGUGCUUGUAUUAACCAGGAGAAAGAACUGAACAGCAUCAGUGAAUAGCAGUAAACUGAUUUGAAUUAAAUGUACAAUGGAGUAUUUCUCCCGGUUAGUUACAAUGAUCAGUUAAGUCUGUUUGUUUACAAACAAUAGAAUAAAUUUAAUAAAUUCAUUUUUUAAAAGUGACAUGCUCCUUUUCAUACUUUAGAGUUCAUAAAGUGUCAGAUCUAUGAAGAAACUUCAUUCAUGAACUAACCCAAUUAUUCAGCUAGUCUUAAAGUGCCGAGGCUGUUUAUCUCAAAGGGAUAUUAUCUAUCCUCCCCUUUUACGGUAAGCAACUAAGUCAAUUUCCCCCCCAUUCAGCACUUUUUCUGAAUAGAAAAAAAAUUUAAAUAAGAAUGUAACUUGAAUGAUUAGUUUUAUACUGCUGCAAUGAAAAAUGUACAAAAUCAAAACUGACAUUCAGCACUAAAACUUAGUUGAAGAAACUUCUAACAGACUACACAAAUGAUAUGAGGUUCUUGCAGCAUAGGAAAAGCGUUUUUUAUCUAGACAAAAAUUGUAAUCUUCUAAAUUUCAAACAGAUGGAUGUUUGACUUCUUUGUAAUGGUGUCCAAAACAAGUGUAAUAGCUCUUGAUUCUUCUUCUGUAGAAAAGAUGUCCCACCAAGUUCUGUUCGUACAUGAAAUUGAAGCGUUUGUAUAUUUGGUAUAAGCCAAAUUGUGUAACUUAAUGAACACAGUAGAACUCCACAUCAAAACUGAUAGUGUCUUCCAGUGUACCAGCAGAGAUUUAAUAGUACAGACCCAUAGCAAGGUCUCAUUAUUAAGAUUCACUGUUAAAAAUUUAAGUUGAUAAUAUAUUGUAGCUUACCACAUAAAUGAACAAAGUUAGCAAAAAUAUACAGCAUUGAAGUGUAUUUGUUCACUGAGUUGCAAAAAAUCAGAAAUUUCCACUAGAUUUCUCAGUCAGAGAAAUACUAUGGUUCUUUUUAGACUUCUAAAUUCCAAUAUGCUUUAAUUGCAAAGGUGAAAAACAUCAGCCACAGGGCUUGGUUUUUUUUUUUAAAUUAUUUUUAAAUACUGGUACACAAUCUUCUGCAAAGUUAGGUCUUGACUCCACCACCUCACUUUACAAUUUGGAAUGGGCAAGUGUAAAAGUUGCUUUACUAACUAUAGUCAGAAGUCAAGAACUAUUUUGCAUACACUAAUAACAUCUCUCCAGUAAUUUUAUAUAUGUAUUAAUUACUAUUUUUGUAAAACUGUACAUAGGAUAAAAUUGUAAAUAGUUGCCUUUUUAUAAAGCUGUCAGCCAUGUAAAGUAAUAGCUAAAUCAGUGAUUCUCAAACUUUUGUACACAUAGCAAGCCUCUGAGUGUGACUCCCUGUUAUAAAUUAAAAACACUUUUAUAUAUUUAACACCAUUAUAAAUGCUGGAGACAAAGCGGGGUUUGGGGUGGAGGCUGACAGCUCGCAACUUCCUCCCCCCAACCCCCGUAAUAACCUUGUGACCCCUUGAGGAGUCCCGACCCCUGAGCUAAAUGCUAGCCAAAUAAAUAAUUCUAAAUGGAUUUUAGAAUAACUAGCUUUUAAAAGUAAACAAAGAAAGGUUUGUAGGUGUUUUUGAAAUGACUGAAAUUUCCUGUGCCGUUAAUUUUUUUUAGUGAUAAGUCAUAAGCAUUUUUACUAUGUAAACACAUGGCUGACAACUGCAGUGAUGACAUGUUAGGAGCUGUUUUGGUCAACUCAGUCAUUGAUCAGGUAACAAAGAAUUCAUACCAAAACACUUGUGCCUUACAACUGCAUACUCACACCACUAUCAAACACAAAGCAAUGUAUGCACAAAUACUUGUUUAAGAAAGAAUAGGGAUGUGACACAAACUGACAAAUCACUCAACCCUUUACAAUUUUUCUAGUGAAAUUUAUGGCCUAUGAAAAGAUUGAAGCCUUCCAUUUACCCACAAAACAGGUAUAUCCACGCUACGAACUUAGACAACAUAGCCCAUUGAACAGUAGCCAGGGUUGUGAGUUCAAUCCUUGAGGGGGCCAUUUAGGGAUCUGGGGCAAAAAUUGGGGAUUGGUCCUGCUUUGAGCACAGGGUUGGACUACAUGACCUCCUGAAGUCCCUUCCAACCCUGAUAUUCUAGGAUAUCUAUGAUAACUACCACAAGUCUGGUAUGCAUUUGAAGCACUAACGUACGUGUUAAAGACUCCAUUAUCAAUCCCCUGAACCACUCUAUCCAGACAAGGUUACUCCACCUUUAAUUUCCCCCAAUAUUGCCAACAUGUGGAAUAUCAUUCCACAUCAGGCACCAUGCUUAACUUUGUGUCAGUUUGUCUAUUAUCUUUAAUUUUCCCCUAGAGAUUUGGACCCUAGCAUGAUGAGAAAUGAAAACUUACAGUAGUACAACUUGGUAUUUUAAAGCAGUAUAUAGAUAGACACCAGAAUACAGUUAUGAGAUGCCAUCUGCAAGUUUUUAUAGUUCUGUUUUACCAAAAGUUCAAGUUUUAAGACUGGAAUUUCUUACAGGACCUUAUUUCUGGAUCCAGCUCUAGUGCAAGAUCCCAAAUGUUUAAUUCAAUAUUCCAUUUGCCUACAUGUUCUUCAUCUUCGCCAUGAGUUCUUCUAGGCUUUCCUCAGACUCUGCCACUGUUUCCCCAGCUACAACAUUCUCUUCCUGUUGGCAAAAGGGGGAAAAAUGAUUUAGUUUCUUUGCUGUGAAUAAAACAGGAUAUAAUGGACCCAAGGAGUUCAGAAUACAGAGUUCUUGCAAGAUCAGGCCCAAACAUUACAUAUAAGCUAUUCCAUAGCCAUUUACAGUUUUAUACAUCUGACCCAAAAUCCAUUGGUAAACUCCAUUUUGAUUAGAAUUUAAGAAAAUGAGGUUUUGAUGCAUAAGUAUGGAAGUUAAACCUCCCAUAGACUGAGCUUCAGUUUUAUGGUAAUUUGACUGCAUUUUUCUUAAAGGAUAAAAGUAAUUUGUAAAAAUGGUUUUGACUGCCUAAACAACUGGGGAAUUCCUCAGUGUGCUUAAACCUCAACACGAAUAGAGAAACUGAAAUUCAUUCAUUUCUGUUGCCCUCAGAACUAGUUUCAAGCUAAUAAAUUGUUUAAAAUAAUUUUAUUCUUCAGACUCAAGCAAUAAUUUGAUUGUAAGAUAUACUCAGAUUGAAUGUAUAGGCAUGCAGUUAUUUUACUAGAAUUGUUACAGAUGGAGUUUUACCAUGGACAAAUGGUAAUAAGUUGAUAACUCAUGUAUUUUCAUCAGUUUAGGUAAUAACUGAAUGCUUUUUAGUACAUUCCAAAGGAUACAGCAGACAACUGCUUUACAGUGUUUUCAUUGUUGACUAGUUUCACAUAAUAUAGAACUUUCUAAUACUGUCAUUAAAUAAAUCUAUAAAAAAAAAGGGGACUUAACAUUACCUUGUUUGGUAUAGUAUAUGCUACUGUAAUUCCCUUUGGAAGAUCAGGAAGUGGACCAGAAGCAGCCUGCAGCUCCUCUUCUGAAACCUCUGAUACUAGCUCAAUACCUAUGUCAAAAUGUCAACUAAUUAUUUAACUCUGAUUCUCUGAUUACAGUUUGUUUAUUACCAUUAGAUGAAAACUGCAGCAACCAGAGCUUAUUAAAAUAAAAAAAGUACUUUAACAGUACAUCCAGUAAGAGACCUUUUAAGUCAUCUUCCGUACAACGUAUUUUAAAUGGCUCCAGGGAUGGGCCUUUCAACUCCCCUAUUGGUACUCUUUCAUAGUCUAAGUCAUUCAUUGUAAGGACUUUUUUUUCCUGAAAGUAAGCUUAUAUUUUCAUUUUAUUAAAAAUACAAUAUUCAGAGAGUAACCAUUUCAAGAGUAUAUGAAUUUAAUUAUCUGACAAGUUUGCUGACAGUUUCAGCUCAGCAAUUCUCUCAGUUGUUAAUGCCCUUACAGGGAAUUUAUAUAUAUGUUACCGAAACUUGGUUAUAAUAAAGAUUUGUUGACAAGAUAUUUAAAGGGACGUGCAGAUAAACUUAGACCCAAGCUUAAGUUUUGUAUAAAAGAUCCUAUAAAAUCUAAUGAAUAUAUAUUUUCACAAGAUUAAAGAAAUAAAAUGAAAAUAUUUUACUUAAAUAUACUUCUGUAGUGUUGAGACUAAAUUUUAACCUGUUCAGUAUGAGACUCAAAACAUUAAAAUUGAUUUAGUUUAAUUGUCAGAUUUAUUAGAAGUGAAAAAAUGUGAAUAACCGAUAGUGUUUAAUAAAGAUUAGUUAAAUUCCCUGA